AUGUCUCAAUUUGCGCUCCCGGGUGCGAACAAAUCAUACGGAAACUCCCCAACCCCGAACCUCAAAGCUCGGAACGGGCGGGUACUUAUUCCUCUAAUGGCUACAGUUGGUCUCGGUUUCGGCGCAUACAACUAUUACGUCGCGGCCAAGUCGCGGCGGGAACAAUCUAUGCUAGAAGAACAGGAACGCCUGGCGCGAAACCAACAGUUGAUGGAUGCAUAUGGCGACAAGAAUAGUCUGCAUGACGUUCAACAAGCACUUGACAUGUACACUGUUCGAUAA